ACCCGAAAGUGAACAACAGGCAGCCAAAGAAAAAAUAAACGAAAUCUACCAAGAAAUCAAAAAAAUUAUCCAAGAGAGAAUAACCGAACUGGAAAAUUAUCAGAUAGAAAUUGAAGAUAACGAAAUAGAGGAAGCCGAAACCAAAAACCAGCAAAUUGAAGCCCUAAUUAAAGAUAUUCAAACUUUUUUCCAACAAGAGUAUAAUUUCUUGUCUGACCCCUCCAUGUCUACGGAAAGAUGA